AGUUGAACGUCAGACGCCAAGCACGUCAAACGUUAAUUAAAAAAUAAAUAAUAUUAAUAUAUUAUUAACUCUGUGGGCUAAAGUGUCGGAGCAAAUGGUCCAUUGCUAUAUAAUUAAAAAAAUUAUAAAAUUUUUAAUUAAAUGUGAUCAUUGAUUUAUUGGCAUGAAAUUAUUAUUCAUUUGCAAUAAUACACAAGACAUUAUUACUCAAUCAAAUAAUACUAAACUGGAUCCAAGGUGUCUAAGUAAUUAGACAAAAACCCAGAAGAAGAAGAAAUAAAAAAUUGUAAUCGAUGGGUUGAGAAACGCCCCGUAUGUUGUUUUUGAUAAAAACAUAAAAAAUUGAUAAACUGCAAUAGAAAAAAACAUAACAAAAUUAAUUGAUAUAAAUAUUAUCUAAUUGAAAUAUAAAAUUUUAUUAAAAUUUAAUUGUCGUUUACCGAUGAGUAAAAAUGUUGAAGGUUGUAGGAGCAUCGUGGUUGCAGACACGUAUUUCAACUUAUAUUCUUGUUGCUGUUAUAUUAUUGGGUCUUGGUGCAAUAAUUAUUGGUGAAUUUGGUAGAGUUGAAAAUGAUGGUACAUACACAGCAAUAUUAUCAUGGAAUCCAAUAGUUGGUUAUCAAAUUGAUUUUUUAGGACAAUCAAAUAAUUUAUCAAAUUUACCAAAAGAUAUUGCUGCAAAAGCAUAUUAUCGUACAAAAAUUCAUAAAAUUGGUUGGUCAUUUGUUGAAAUUGAAACAACACCAAGUUAUCCAGAUUCUGUACAAGCAUAUGCUGCUGGUUUUCUUGAAGGUAGUCUAACAUGGCAAUUGAUACAUCAUCAUUGGUCAAAUACAAUAAAUGCUGCAUGUUUAUUACAAGAAGAAACAUGUAAAAUAAUUCGUAAAGCAUUUAGUAAUGAUGUUGCACUUAAAAAAUUUCGUAAUAAAAUUGAUACACUUGGUAGUAAAGAUUCAUAUUGGCAUAUGAUUAGUUUAUUUUAUGCUCAAUUAAAUGGUCUUGAAGAUGGCUGGCGUUAUACUGUUAUGAAAAGUAGAAAAAAUGUUAAUAUUGCACAUUCGGAUUUUAUUUGGCUAGCAUUAGCUGGUGAUAUGUUUAAUUUUGGAACAAAUGAUACAUCAUCACGUGAUUUUACAGCUGAUAUUGGUGGUAUAUUGAUCAAAUAUUUAUCACAUGAUAAUCCAGAUGUUGAACCAGCACUUGCAAUCUUUCAUCACACAGCUGCACCAUACAACAAGAUGCUGAGAUUGUUGAAAAGAUAUAAAUUUGGUUAUCAUGUUAAUGAUGAUUAUGGCGCUGAACGAGUACCAACAAAUUCCAUUGCAAUGUCAUCAUAUCCUGGUGCAUUAUCAUCACAAGACGAAUAUUAUAUUAUCAGUAGUAAAAAAAAUCAAGAUCUUAUUGUUACUGGAAGACCAUUAAGAACUAGCAACAUGAAAAAACAAGUUGACAAUGAAAUAAUAAAUACUCUAAAUAAAAAUUAUGAAUCUCAUAUCAUCAUGUCACCAGCAAGAAUAAUGGCAGCAAAUUGGUUGUCACUUGAUGGUAAUGAUUGGUCAAAAUUAUUAGCACGUCGUGAUGACACUGAUAUAUCAAGACCAAUUCAAUGGGCAAUUAUAAGAGUUAUUGAUUCAUCAAUUUGGCUUGUUGAACAACAUUCACGAACAACUCAUAUAAGUGACUACACAAAAAUAUUAAAUGACAAAAAAAUUAUAUAUCUAGAUGGUUUUUCAAGAUUUAAAAAACCUGAUAAUAUUGAUAUUUCAAAACAAUCAAAAUUUAAAACACCAGAAUUAAUUGAACCAACAGAUGAAUUAAAUAAAAAACCAAUUAAAAAAACAAAAAUUUUGGUAAAUAGAUUAAAAGAAAUUGCUGAAAAUAAUAAUGAUGAUACAACAUUAAAAAUUAAACAGUUUAAUAAAAUUAAUGAUACAAAAUUAAAUAAUAAUUCAUCAAGACAUAAUAAUUUUAAAUUUAGAGGUGAAUUUAAUGAUGUACCAUUACCAUUUGGUGUUAUUGAUACUAAAAUUACAAUUAUUAAUAAUGCUGAGAUAAAAACAUUUACUGCAAUAUGUGGACCAAGUAAAACAAAUGAAGAAGAACCAUUUACAUGGUCAAAAACAUUUCCAAAACUAUCACAUAUUGGUCAUCCAGAUAAAUUUGAUUUUCCAAGUGUUUCGCCAAAAUGGGUAUGGUUUGAUUAAUCAUCAUUAAUUCAACAAUAAAUAAUAAAUAUUUACAAUGAAUUUUACAAAAAAAAAUACAUCACAAAAUCAUUAAAAUUUUAAUCAGAUAAUAUUUUUUUCAAUUUGUGUAAAAAAUAAAUAAAUAGCAAAAAAAAAAAGAAAGAAAUUG